AGAGGAGGAACACACGGAGCUAAUCACGAACGCCACCCGGAAGGCCAUCACGAAAGUCAUCAAGGAGGAAACGAAGGUCAUCAUGAAGGUCAUCACGAAGGUCAUCAUGGAGAAAAGAAAGGUCAUCAUGAAGGUUAUCAUGACGAAAAGAAAGGUCAUUAUGAAG